AUGCCUACUUGUAAGAAAGAUGCUGACUGCAAAAUAAAAAAAGGAUACCGUAUCAGCAGUCUAGACUCGGACACAUCUUCGAUUUCGCUUUCGAAGAUAGCCUCUGAGGUUAGCAUAUGUCGAUCGAAGGAUGUCCAGAAGAUGAAGCAAGUUCAUCCGGUUUAUGCAUCUUAUACCGCUCCCGGACCAAAUGCUUACCCAAUCAAAUCAUGCACCGGUUACAAAGACCAUGACCCGACCAAAACAGUUAUGCCAGCGUAUAGUUUCUUUAGAGAUGUUCGAUUUCGCGACCCACCAAAACCGCCAGAGCCAUUUUGCGAGAUAGACUGUACGAAACAUGUUUGUUUUAAAUGCUGUACAAUACCGAAGUACGUUCCGAUCGAAAAGGUAUCCGACGUACCGGCUCCAAACACUUACAACCUCAAUCCCGGUUACCAGUUAGUCGAGAAGCAGUCUCCAAAAUACACCUUCGGCUACCGAUUGUGCGACAAGAUUAACAUAACACCGGGACCGAACGAGUAUUGCAUUACGUGCGGGAGCAAAUAUUAUCCAUGGAGUGCAGGAUUCAGCAUGGGUAUCAGAGAUGCAUACAACUCCUACUUGAGAGACAUCUGCAAAACUCCGGCCAUACAAUCAGUUAAUUCUUCUUGUGUGUUACGAAGGGCUCCAAGUUAUUCUAUCGGAAAAAUAUUGGCGCCACUGGUUAAAGAGAAAAGUCCCGGGCCAGGCGCUUACAAGCCUGAAUGUGUGACUUUGAAUAAAGAAAGACAUCCGCAAUAUUCGUUCGGCAAACGACACUCCAAAUACAAAAUCACGCCCAUUGUUUUGUCUUGA